AUGCUGUCGUGCUUCCGGUUGGCUCCUUGGCGUACGCUUCCCCGCGUCCAGCCAUCUACUCGUCUGUUCCACCAGAGUACACGUGCACGGGAACCACUGGAGCUGGCGUACGAAUGCUUUGAGCCUCCGGCGUCACACAAAGCUGUCGCUAAACAUACUAAGGGCCUCGUCAUUUGUCAUGGCUUGUAUGGCUCAAAGCAGAACUGGCGCUCCCUGGCGAAAUCCAUGACUAAGAGCUUUGGUGUGCCUGUGUAUACGUUGGAUCUGCGUAACCACGGCAUGUCGCCUCAUGCCGAAAGCAUGUCGUACCUCGAUAUGGCCAGUGAUGUGCGCAAGUUCUUUGACGAUAAAAACCUUUCAGACAUGACUCUUAUUGGCCAUUCCAUGGGUGGAAAAGUAGUGAUGGCCAUGGCCCUGGACCCCAACCUACCGGACCACAUGCUGUCGCACCUGAUUAGCGUGGACAUGUCGCCAGCCGAAGGGCCUAUCUCGCCUGAGUUUAUGGAGUAUGCACGCUGCAUGGCCGAGAUCAACAAGAUGAACGUCAAGUCACGCAGUGAGGCGGACAAAGUCCUCCAAAAAAUCGAACCCACCUUGUCUGUGCGCCAGUUCCUACUGACCAACCUGGAACGCGAUGGUGAUGCAAUGCAUUUCCGGAUCCCCGUCGACAUUCUCAUUCGCUCAUUGUCCGAGAUUGGCUAUUUCCCGUAUGCACCGCCGAAAGACGAUUCGUCACCACCAGAGAGGCAGUGGGAGGGUCGCACCCUCUUUGUCAAGGGCGAGAAGAGCAAGUACAUUAACCGCCGCAAUCUCCCGCUCUGCAAGGCAUACUUCCCCCACAUGGAACUUACCACGAUGCCAACGGGCCAUUGGUGUCAUGCGGAAAAGCCCAACGAAUUUAUGCGCGACGUCCACAAUUUCUUGGUAAAAUAA